AUCAAAUAUGUCAACACUGCCCCGCUCAAGCUGAGGCAAAGAUAUCUCUCAACUUGCAUAAAGCUGUGUGAAGACACUACUAGAUGUCAAUGGACAGCUUUGCUGUCCAUAUUUGUUUCUUUAUUUAUUUCCUUGAUUUACUCUUCUGUACAAUCAGCAUAAUAUUUGACAGAUUGUAUAGGGAUAGAAUUAGCAUAUACUUAUUUCUUUCCAUGUAUAGAACUCUUGUACAGUUUAUAUGAUAAACCGAGAUCACAAGGUCAAUUGGUUCAGUCAUUCAAACAAAAUUCUGACUUAUUUUGAAAUGGUAUCAAGAGCCGCUUGAAUUUUUUUUCUCUCGGUUUGGUGGUCGCCCGUGUGAAUUUUUUUCUCUUCUAGGUUUCGUGUAUCAGCGUCUUCUAGAUUUUUCUCGGUGACCCAACAUGAUCUACUUGCUGUUUCGUGUGAAAGCUCUCUUGUUUUUCGGUCUGUUGUUUUUGGGUUGGUGUUAUCGGCACCGUUUGUUCCAGGUUUGAGUUUUUCGGCAGCCUCUGUUCAGGUCUCGGCAGCAGUACUCUUCUGGUGGGCCCCUCGACAUGUCUGUUCCUGGUUUGCAUAGUUUUUCGGCAGCUUCUGUUUCCAUCUCGGCAGCUGCAUCCUUCUGGAGGGCAUCUCGACAUUUUGUGCCUUCGAUUUAUCGCAGAUGCAGCUUGUCCUUUCUGAAUUUAUUUAUUUGUGAUGAACUCUGCACCUGUGUCAAGUUUACGGGCACAAACUACUCUACUUGGGUAUUUCAGUUUGAACUUUUCCUCAAGGGAAAAGAUCUUUGGAGUCAUAUUGAUGGCACGAAUGUUGCCCCAAAAUCCACUACUGAGAAAUCCAAAGAUCUCGAGACUUCUCCUUCAUGGGUUGUACUUGAUGCUAAGAUUUUGUCUUUGCUUCUUCGCUCGAUGGAGCCACAUAUUGUUACCAACUUGCGAGCUCAUCGCUCCGCUCAAUCCAUGUGGAAUUAUUUGAAGAAGGUUUAUCAUCAAGCUAAUGAUGCUCGUCGCUUUCAGUUAGAACAUGCGAUUGCCAUAUUUCAACAUGGUAGUAUUUCCAUCCAAGACUACUAUUUGGCAUUGUUUACUCUUUGGCAUGAAUAUACUGAUUUCGUUACAAUGGAUGUUCUUGUUGCCGCUCUUUCGACUAUUCAGACUCUUCAUGAGACUAGCCGGCGUGAUCAAUUUCUUAAGAAACUAUGCCUAGAAUUUGAAUUUGUUCGCUCCCUCUCUUGAUAUUUGUUUUGGUGAUUUACUUUACGAAGAACAACGUCUUAGUACUCAAGCUACUCUGGAGCAAUCUCAUGGAAAUUCCGGGACGGCAACUGUGGCUUAUGCUGCCCAAGGAUGGGGAUCACCUAUGAAUUCUAAAAAUUUGUAAUGUUUCUGCUGCAAGGAAUAUAGGCGUAUUGCUUCCAAUUGUCCUAAGAAAUAUUGUUCCUAUUGCAGGAAAAGGGUCACAUUGUCAAAGAAUGUUGUAUCCGCCCCCAGAAUCGUCAAGCCUAAGCAUUUUAGACUUCUGUUAUUGUUCCUCCCGCAGCGACUUCUAUAGCACAUGGCUCUUCCUCAAGUGCUUCCAUUAAUCUUGCACCUCCUGCAACAAAUUACUGCACACCAGAAAUGGUACAACAGAUGCUAAUUUCGGCAUUAUCUGCAAUGGGGUUCCAAGGACCAGGUAACGGGGGAGCCGAUCGCAAAGGGACCUAAAGUGGGGCGCUUGUUUCCACUAUUUUUACCUGUUCCAGCACUUUCUCCAAUUUCUUCUAUUAGUCUUUUGCUUGUAAUAAUGUUCCUGAUUUGAGGUAUGGUGUGGCAUCGUCGUUUAGGCCAUCCCAAUACUUAGAUCUUACCUCAUGUAUUGCACUCUGGUUUUCUUGGUAAUAAAGAACGUUCUUCUUUAUCUCUUGAGUGUGAUUCUUGUAAACUUGGUAAAAGCAAAACUCU